UGCCUUUUUUACACUCUUCUUGUCCACUCAGGUAGGACUGGUGCUGAUGGAUGAUAAAUUAGAAAGAUCAAAGUCUUUGUUGGCGCCGUGUCAUAACCAGGGGCCCCGGGGUCUACGCAUUCCUUUCUCGUCUGGACCGAGUCGGGGAGGCGCUCCUUGGAUCAUCCUCUGCUGUUGGAUCCGGCGACAUGGCCUCUGACGGUCUGGCUCCUCUGGGCUCCAUCGACAAUCCGGUGAAGUUCCUGAACCAGGACUUUGACGCUCUGCUGCAGCAGUGUCUGAAGGAAAGGAAGCUGUUCUCAGAUCCCACGUUUCCCGCCGAGCAGAAGUCCAUCGGGAUGCCUAAAGAUCCAAAUCCAGCAAAGGAGAUCAAAUGGAAGAGACCCAAGGAAAUCAGUGCAGAUGCUGUGUUUGUGGAGGGCACUACUGGGACCACGGAUAUCUGUCAGGGCCAACUGGGUAACUGCUGGCUGCUGGCAGCCCUCUCCUCGCUCACCAUUCAUCCCACGCUCUUUGUAAAGGUGGUGCCCCCCAACCAGAGCCUGGCUGAUUCCUAUGCAGGGAUCUUCCAUUUCAGGUUCUGGCAGUAUGGUGAGUGGGUGGAGGUGGUUGUGGAUGACAGGCUGCCAGUGCGCGAAGGCCGUCUGCUCUUCAGCUACUCUCGCACCCGCAACGAGUUCUGGAGCGCCCUGGUGGAGAAGGCCUAUGCCAAGUUGGUGGGCUCCUACGGGAGCCUGAAGGGGGGAAACAUCUCAGAGGGCAUGGAGGAUUUCACAGGAGGCAUCGCGUACUCCAUCCCCAUCACGUCCCGCACCCCUCCGGUCCUCUGGAGGAUCCUCACCGCUGCCCUGUCCCGAGGCAGCCUGCUCAGCUGCUUCAUCCAGGCAACCAACUACAGCGAGGUUGGCAAAGUGACAGCAGACGGGCUGGUGAAGGGCCACGCCUACGCCAUCACCGACACGGACAAGGUGAAAAAGGGAUCGGAGGAGACUUUGCUGCUAAAGCUGAGGAACCCGUGGGGUUUUGUUGAGUUUUGUGGAUCCUGGAGUGAUAAGUGUAAAGAGUGGGGCGAGACGGACCAGUCGGAGAAGGAAAGGAUUGAACUCAAGCUGGAAGAAGAUGGGGAGUUCUGGAUCAGCGCCGAUGACUUCAGCAGGAUGUUCAACGUUGUGGAGCUCUGCAGCGUGAGUCCAGACUCUUUGGAGGAGGGAGACACACCCACCGGCCAGUCUACCUGGACUGUUAGCGAACACAAAGGCUCCUGGGUACCAGGAAGCUCCGCUGGAGGAAGCCGCAAAUACAACAAGUCCUUCUGGAAGAAUCCCCAGUUCCUGCUGGUGCUCAGAGAGCAGGACCAGGAGGAGGAUGAUGAAGAGGAGGAGGAUGAUGAGGAGGAUGAUGAAGAUGAGAUUGAUAAGGGUGAAGAGGCCCUGACCCCAGAGGCGUUGAAGACAGCAGAGAAACAGAAGCAGAAAGCGAAGCACUGCACGGUGCUGGUGGAGCUGCUGCAGAAGAACCGCAGGCAGAAUGACAAAAUUAACUUCCUCUUCAUCGCUUUCCACGUCUACAAGGUUCCUCCCGAGCUGCAGGGAGGCUGUCUGGACCGCAGCUUCUUCAUGAAAACCCGCCCGGUGGGUCGCUCUGGGAAAUACAAAGCCCAGAGAGGUGUGUGGAGGAAGCUGCGUCUGGAGCCGGGUCACUAUGUCAUCGUCGGAUCCGCUUAUCGGCCCAACCAGCCAGGAGAGUUCUUCGUCCGCAUUUUCUCCAAGACCAGAAACACUCUUGGGGUUCAGGACUUUACCUGCUCCUCCGACUACCUCCCAGUUAUGGCUGCUCCGGUCCUCCCUGAGGACCAAACCACAAUUCAGAAGACUUUUGAAGAGAAGGCUGGCCCGGAUGACAGGCUGAAUGCUCAAGAGAUUAUGAAUCUCAUCAACUCAGUGUUUGACAAAAGUUACCAUCUGCCUCUGGAGACGUGUAGGCAGAUCAUCUUUGGAGAGGACACUGAGGGCCGCUCCACUCUCAGCCGAGAGCAAGCAAAGACCCUGCUGGCUGAUCUGCGCACGCUGCAGUCCAUCUUUGUUCAGUUCGAUGAGGACUCUUCUGGAAGCAUCAGCCCCUUUGAGCUCAGCUUGGCGCUGGAAGCCGUCGGAAUGACGUGCGACAACAAGGUGGUUCAGCUCCUAUCUGAGCGCUUCGUGGCCGGAGAGCCUCACCUGUCCUUCCGUGGCUUCGUGUCCGGCGUCUCCAGGCUACGCAAACUCUUCGCUCUGUUUGAGUCCGAGACCAGCCAAGAGGUGAAAGACAGAGGGAUCAAUUCUUGGCUGCUUCAGUUUCUGGCUCUGUAGAGGUGCAGCAUGAGGAUUAUCUACAGAUGAUGAGCCUCGGCAUGAUAAAAGAACCACAAAUAUAACAUAAAAAAGUUCUCUUAUUUUGUUUCAUUGCUUUUUUUCUUGUUAAAUUGUAUUCCACUCUUUUUAAUCUACGGUCAUAUUCAAUAAAUUUGAAUAUUAUUGAAAGAGGUUCCUUUAUUUCAGUAACUCAGUAACUCAGUUCACUUUGUGGAAAGACAUUAUAUAGAUUAACAAAGACUUCUUUAUUUAAAGAAGUCUUUAUUUGUGUUAAUUAUGAUUUCGUCCACCUCCAGCUAAUGAAAACACAGCAUUUCAGAUAAGAAUAUUGCAUCAGACCAAUAAAACAGCUACAUUUUACAUGCAGAAAUGGAGGCUUAAUUAAAAGUGUUUAUUACUGCCUUAAAGGUUGUUGUUUCUUUCAAAAGGUACUUUUAAUCUGGCAGACAAACCUCUUAGAAAUGCAAAUUGUAAUUUAUUGAAUAUGAUUGUAUAUUCCCGAUUUUAUUUGCUCUACACUAUAAAGCUAUUUCACACCAACCUGUAUAUUGUUUCAAUAAUUCAGUUGUUCUCUUUGGAAAUAAACUGCUUCAUACUUUCGAGUUCCUAUUCAAACUGUUCAGUUAAAUUUUUUUUCUUCUCAAUGUUCUCUAUAUUUUUGUUUCCUAACAGUCUGGUUUUCCAAGUCCUGAAAUUUCUUGAAUUAUAGUUUGCAUGAUUUUUGUCAGUUCAACUUGACCUGUUUGUACCUACAUGAUAUUCUGUCCACAUCUGAAUAAAAUAGAUAAUUAGGAAAUUA